AGGAAGGAUUACGAUGAGUUCUGGGCACACAAAUAACUGAGUCAUGCUAAAGACUGAAACAUGCCACACACGGACAAACAACAGUCUGAAACAUAAACAAAAGUUUCACAACACUGAAUUCAACACAUGCAACCCCAGGAGGAACAACCCAUGUUGGGUCACAUAUCGCAUCGUACUGAUAAACAAACAUUCGUUACUCAAUGACAAAUAUUGUACAUUUAUUAUUAGACUGAAUAUAAUUUACACUAUUUUUUUGAAGAAUUUUCAAACAUUAAACUGCUAUUGUAUUGUAUUGUUAUUUCUUAGGCUUUUGUGUUUUUUAUUAUUUAGUAAAUAUUAGUUAUAAUUAUUAUAUUAUACCUCCAUAAAUAUUAUAUUUACUUUUAUUAUAUUUUACUGUAAUUAUAUUGGCUUUUAAUUGUCUUUACAUUUUAUUAUUCCCAUUUAAAUCCUCAAUAACUUACUCAAAUACAAAAAGUGUUUGUAAAUAUAGGAGGGGGGGGUCAGAGGGGUCCACGCACAGAUCAGGGGGGAAACAACUGUUUAAACACGCCUCGCUUCAACAGCAGCCGACAGAAACGAACAAGUUGAGGCAAUCCAGCAGCUGUUCGUCAAGCACUCGAGGUUUAAUGAGGUCUGCCUCACAUAAACAAGACACUGAGGAUUACUAAACUGGCAUCUCACCCCUGGCGCACAAUGCUGCCAUUACAUUUGUUUUUACCAGUGCAUGAAGUUCCUCAGCACAAACCCAUCCAGAGCCUUUUGGCACAGUACAGGCAAUGCUCCACAGUCUGCACAGGACACCAUCCGGACACAAAAAGUGGCAUCGCCACCAUGUUCCCGAACUGCUUUGACUACAACUUGCCCAUGAGAAAACGCUGAGAGGAAGAAAACAUGAUGGGACAAUUCCCAGAGGAUGUGGUGAGUGGCUUCACCACCACAGAAGAACUGGAAUGCAAGAUCUGCUACUGCGCUUACAGCUUGUCAAGUCGACGUCCAAAAGUACUGAAGUGCUGUCAUUAUCUGUGUGCCAAGUGCCUUGCAAAAAUCCUCGAUUUGGGUGAAUCGUCUCCAGGUUCAGUGGUCUGCCCGUUUUGCCGCUACAUCACAGACCUUCCCGGAGAGGCCGUGGACAAUCUACCAGAUGAGUACAACCUGGUGACGGCAUUGUCCAUCCAGACACGGAAACAUCAAAACCUGCUUAAUAGGCAAGAUGAGCUUCUCCUCAGUCCCAGACACCUCAAUUCCCUGGUGGGUCACACUGCCUCAGCUUCCCCUACUUCCAUUCGUUCCAAUUAUGUGGUUAUCACCAUUAUGGAGCCUCAGCAGGAGGCUGUAAUUCCAGCUCCAGGUAGGGAUUACCAUUCUUCCAGCCUGGACUCCAUGGCUUCUGUUAUGCAGAGAUGGACAGUGUGGAAUUGUACGGCUCUCUUAUGCCAGACCACAGCACGAGCACUGGUCUGGUUGCUGGGGCUGCUUUACUUUGGCUCAUUGCCUUUGGGUAUCUACCUGCUAAUAAUGCAGAUUACAAAUCUUGGGUUACUGCUGGUCAGUGUGGUACCUGCCAGUAUUUUAAUUCUCAUGGUGUACUGCCUUUGCCAGUGUCUGUGCAGUGAGCUUUUGGAAUGUGUAGCACCAUAACAACCAAAUUUAAAGUAUAUGUAUAACUGUUAUGAGUGUGAGAUUGAGAAUUGAUGUGUCAGUGGUCCUGUAUGUUUGUGGGACAACUCAUAAAUGCAUAGCAUAGCAAGUUCAUGUUUGUAAAAUGCAAACAAUAAAUGUCAUGUUAUGUAGCAAUGCUAACCUUUAGAAUAAAAACUAAAUGUUAUCCACUUUUACAAAAUGGCCCACUAUAUAUUUUUCUAUACCAUAUGUACUGUAUAUAAUUGUUUAGUGUGCAUUUUCCUAAGUGAAAUAAACAAUUUGGUAACCAAGACCACUGUGAAUUUACUAAUGUAAACUGUUUCUGUCUAAAAAUAAUAAAGAUGA